AUGUCACUCAGGCGCUCAGCCCGACUGGGCUCCGUCCCAACCAUCAAGUCAACACUACUGCAAAGCUCAGCAACCAAAGCUCAACGCAGCGCAGUGACCAAACCUCGCAAGGCACCCACAAAGUCUAACAAGUUGGAAAAAAAGGCCACAAAGACGAAAUCAAAAACAGGAACCUCAUAUUGUCCCACCGAGCCAGCAGUCAUAGAGAAACAAGAAGUAGACAGCCAGCCCUCAACCACCAACCCCGCGAUACUCAGAUCUCAGACACCGCCUCCCCUCGACCGCCCCGUCGACCCGCACCGAACAAACGCGACCCUCAUCACACCCCACGGCUCAACGGUGAACGCAUACCCAGCGCACGUAGAAGAUGCCUCGCCCUCGAAAACCGGCCUUCCACCGCCAGCGGCUACAACGGGGACGCUGCUGGAGAAAGCUACCGCACACCUAAUAGCGACAGACCCACGAAUUGCAACAGUGAUCGAGCAACAUCCAUGUCCGCUCUUCUCGCCUGCCGGCCUGGCUGAGGAAAUCGACCCCUUCAACAGCUUGACCAGCAGCAUAAUCGGCCAGCAAGUCUCUGGCGCGGCAGCAAAGUCUAUCAGGAACAAGUUUCUGGCACUGUUUGAUUUACCCGAUACUGUUGCGCCUGAUGGGCAUAGACAUGCAAAGUUCCCGACUCCAGAUCAGGUUGCCAAGUGUGAUAUUCCUACCCUGCGCACGGCGGGGCUGUCGCAGCGCAAAGCGGAGUAUAUCCAGGGCCUUGCGCAGAAGUUUGCUAGCGGAGAGCUUGGAGCGAGGAUGUUGGCGUUGGCGACUGAUGAGGAGCUGUUUGAGAAGCUCAUCGCUGUUCGUGGAUUGGGGAGGUGGUCGGUUGAGAUGUUUGCUCUGUUUGCGCUCAAACGCAUUGAUGUGUUCUCUACUGGAGAUUUGGGGGUACAACGAGGCUGUGCUGCCUUUAUGGGUCGUGAUGUGAGCAAACUCAAAGGCAAGGGUGGUGGGAAGUUCAAAUACAUGGCUGAAAAGGAUCUGCUGGAACUUGCCGCAAAGUUUGCUCCAUAUAGGAGUUUGUUUAUGUGGUAUAUGUGGCGGAUAGAGGACGUUGAUGUGGCUGUUCUUGGUGGUUAA